AUGACUAUCUUAGCAAGUGGCGAGGGAGUAAACCUUUGUACCUCGUAUUAUACAGGUGUGGUGAUCACGCGAGUUAAAAUCGUGAAGCAAAUAUACAGGUUAGCGCCAGACCAUUAAAGCAUUUAAUAUUAAACAUUUGAAGAGAAUUUGGUAGUUUCCACAUGAUCGUAGCUUGAUAGUUAGUUAGUUGUUUGUUGCGCUGAUAUUGAUACAUUAUUGUCUUAGUACUGGUGCAUAAAUUAUACACGUCCUAAUUACGCAUUCAGUGAGUUUUUUUUUAAUUGACCGGGAAAAGCAAGACAAAAUUUUGUUCAUUUCGCGUUCAAUUUUUAACCAAAUUCAACCAAAUUUUAAUCAGUUCUUCCUUAGCCGAUGGGAAAUGCAUUAAAAAAAUUUCGUAUGAAUAUGUUUGGUAUUUCUUGAGUUAUCGUGCUCACAGACAAACACACAUAGACACAUACAUACAAACCCAGAUGAUUACAUAACCUCCUGGCGGAGGUAAUAAAUAACCUCUGCGGAGGAGAGAGAUAUUGUUAUGUCGUCUGUUAUUUUCGUUUAUUGACCAUUUGCAAUAUUGACCAUUCUCUGCAUACAUUAAUUACAAUGUUGAGCCAUUUCCUGCCUUGUGUACUUUCAAUUGUCUAUCGUUUUACGGGAUACAUUUCAAUAUUGUCCGUUGCUCUAUGGGCGUUAAUUCUCAGGGACGUAUCCCCCUCACUAUUUGUAAAUAUAAUUACUCACACACACUUUUUGCCAUAGUUUACUUUCUCUACACUUCAUGAUACAUGAUUAAUAGUUAUUCAAUGACUUAAUAGUUAUUCAAUGAAUGAUACAUUUCAAUAUUGUCCGUUGCUCUAUGGGCGUUAAUUCUCAGGGACGUAUCCCCCUCACUAUUUUGGAGUAAAUAUAAUUACCCACACACACUUUUUGCCAUAGUUUACUUUCUCUACACUUCAUGAUACAUGAUUAAUAGUUAUUCAAUGACUUCAUUUUGCAAUUAAAAUCCCUAUUUUUUUAAAAUCAACUUUUUCAAUGAAUAUAACAACCACUGAAAACGCCCUAUCCCACACACAAAAGGCUGGUAUAAAUCUAGCCGAAAAUAAUUGUUGUGAAAAUAGCACUUUCUGGAUAUGGAUUCUCGCCCUUGCGUUGCUCAUUCUACUGUUGUUUGUUGACCACUUCUGCAUAUAAAUUAAUAUAUAGAACGUUAAUUUUUCGGUAUACAUUCCAUUUUUCACCGUUUUCUGGUACACUGGCCAGGAAACAAUUGUAAAGUUUGCAAAUUUGAUUUCAGUUGAUAAUUGACCUUAGAAGUGCUUACGUCACGCAACUUUCAAUCCAUCAAAACAUUAGGUACACGCAAUGAUAUGUGGGAUACAUGUGGGUCAAAUAUUCAUUGUCUGACAGUGAAAUGACUGGCAGAUUUACCAGAAUAUACGUUAAAUUCAGGUUAUUUCAAUUAUUUGCUGUGUUGGCUACAAGAUAACAUGCCCACACACAAACCUACAGACUUAUGCACAUGAUGAUUUGGGAGAGCACGGCUAAAAAUCAAAGCCAUUUACUCCUGUUUUUAUGCGAUAAGCCUCCUACAUGAUGAUUAUCGCCAAAGUCCUUCGAAAAGCAACAACCCAGAAGAAGAAAGUACAAAUGAUCAACCUUCAAUAGUUAUUAAAGAAAACGACUGGACACGAGUUAAAGAGGGCGCUGCAUCGAGAGCUCGAGCUGAGGGUAAUGACCGUGACUGCUUUGUGGUAGAAAAUCCCAACAGAUAUUCCAUACUGAACGACGAAGCGACAAGCGACCAAGAAACAACAAGAUCAGCCCAAACGGAAAGUAUGAAGGAAAAUCAUCCGAGAAAGAAAAAGUCAGGUGAACGUAAACCUGAUGACCCCACAACAGACCAUGAAACUGUAAUUGUUGUGGGAGAUUCAAUGAUCAAACACCUCAACAAAGGACGACUACGAAGAUCAGUAGCUAAGAAAGCUCUGAAAAUCUCUACGGAAUCUUACAGUGGUGCGAACUGUGAUGCCAUGAAACAUCAUAUCAGACCCUGUCUCGCUAAAAAUCCUGAUACAGUGAUUCUACACGUCGGCACUAACGAUAUGGCACAGAAAAAUGCGAAAGAAAUUGCGAAAGGAGUCGUUGAAAUUGGUAAUAUCAUCCAGAACCAAAGUCCCAACACCAAAGUCGUCAUAUCUGAGCUGAUCACAAGGACGGACACACCAGAAAAAAGAAGAAAAGUGGCUGAGGUAAAUGCUGUUCUUUUAACUAAUUGUAAGAAGAACAAAUGGGGUCAUAUAACCCAUGCAAAUAUCCAAGCAAAACAUAUCAAUCCAUAUGGUAUCCAUCUCAAUAGAGCAGGAACACCAAUGUUAGCUAAGAAUAUUAUAAGUUUUUUGAAUGAGCAAAAUUGA